AUGUCGGACACGGAGGAGACGAGCAGCGACCAACAACAGCAGCAGCAGCCCUCAUCGGCCGCCAAUUUGCUGAAAAACGCCGAGCGCAUGGAGGCGAUGAACGCGCGCAUCCGGUUACUCGCCCAGAAGAGGAAUGACUCGCGCCGCGCGAACAAGGCCGACGUCGUCGAGGAGGACCGAAAAAUCAAGAACCCGAGGCAUCAGAUCGAGGAGAUGAAGAAGGAGUGGGAGUUGAAGGAUCUCGAGGAAAGACAGCGCUGCGAGGAGGAGGGCGUCGACUUUGAGCGCGCAAAGGCGAUGCGCACCAGCGUCGAAGAGGUCCGCAAACGCGACGUGCUGCUCAAGCGGAAGAAAAACCCCAACAAGGACGCCCUCAUCACUGGAGACUACGAGACGAUGUCGCUGCGGCAAAACGAGCGGCUGACGCGCAACAUCAAGCCCGACUUCAACGAGUACAAGCGGAUGAAGGAGGCCCUGGGCGAAGAGCAGUUCUACCCGGGUUCGAACACGAUCGCCGACGGCCACCACUACCCCACCACGUCGGCCCUCGAUCGACUCGCCACCACCGUGUUGGACAUGCAGAAAACGCGCGAAAAAGUGCAUCGUCGCCGCAUGUUCGACCCCGACCAAGAGGUCACCUACAUCAACGAGAAGAAUCGGGUAUUCAACAAGAAGCUCGACCAAUUCUACGGGAAAUACACGGAGGAUCUGCGCGAGGAUCUCGAACGCGGAACGGCCCUA